GUUCGUAAUCAUAUAAUCAAUGACUAAGAUGUUUCUUUAGAAUUGUUUGAGCUUUUUACCUUGUUGUUUCCUUAUUGUAAUCUUUCUGUUGGUUGUUGUUUGAAUUCAUUAAAAAAGAAUGUAAUAUUCUAUCUAUGGGGCGAAUAGUAAUGGCGGGCUGUAUAUGGGACUAGUGUUAUUGCUGAUGGUCAUAAAUGGCAGAAAUGUGAAACGUGCUUAAAAUGAAUGCUAGGGGAGGCUGGAGAUUAAGGUGGAACCAGAGAGGCUUGAACGCAAUGAAAGGAGAAUUAAGCGUUCGUGAGGGAAUUUUAGCAGAAGAUUCGAAGAAAAUGGAACAGGUUUUUCAUGGAAACCUGAUAGGCAAUUCUUGUGCAGAGUGUUUCAACUGUGAUCUCUUUGAAGUUGCCAAAUUUGUGCAUCAGGUGCUCACCAGUUCAGAUAAUGAUUUUCAAGACAGCUUAGACACAAAAGACUGUUCACGAUGCUAUAAGGGAUUGGUGAAAAGGGUUAGUCCUGUUUCAAGUUCAUGCUCUAUCCAGAAGGUUUUGAAGAAAGCGGUAAAGCGUUGUGCAGCUCUGUCAGUAGAACUAAACCCAGGAAACUCUCCCAGGAACGGGAGUUCAUGGGAUAAGUUUUUUGCCGAUCACUUGCCUGCAAUUAUCGUUGUUUGGGCGGCUCAAGAGGCGAAAAUAAUGUUCAAAAGGGAUUUAAUUAAACUGAUAGGAGGUUUCAAGUUAAAUCCUAAGCCUUGUCUUGAUACAAACCAUGCCAGUUUAAGAGAAGAAAGGGUGCCUGGUGUUAAUGAAAUCACAUCUUGCACAUUUCAAAGAGUUGAAGAGGUAUCAAGAGAUGACAGUGCUUACUUGAAAGACAGCGUUAUUUACAAGGCAAAAGUUACUUUCAGAUCAAUUUCUGUAAUCAGAAGAGAGCUGCCUGAGUCAGAGCUUGGUUGGCCUCUUCUUCCAAGAACCAAUCGUUCAGCUCUGGACACGUUGAGAAAUUCGGAAGUAGGGAAUAUGUCACUGGUCGAAAGGAAUUCAAAUGAAACGAAGAUUCCUUUUAAUCUCAAAACAGAUUAUUCUAUUGUCAACGAAUGCAAGAUUGAAGGGACUGUUAUCCAAUUGUUUCAUACCUCUGAAAAUCGGUCAAGAGAUGGCAGCAGCAAUGGAGAAGAUGCGAGAUUUGGCUUUAAGCAGGAAGUUUCUUCGCAUCCAGAUCAUGUACUCACCAAAAACUCCACACGAUCAGGGCCUGGCUGGCCUCUUCUCCGUGUAAAAACUUCUGCAUCUUUAGAAUCUUUUCAAGAAUCUCAGGCUGAAAAAUUUUCAGUGGCUCAAUGGGCUUCGAGUCUAACCGAUCGAUCUGAAGACGCAACUACGAAAUUUCAAAUUGAUUUUGUUUCCAAAGAAGUAGAGAGCUAUGUUGAAAACAAGAUGCGUGGUUACAAGGAUAAGAAUAUGGGGGCUUGCUUAGCAUCAAAGCUGCCAAAGAAGAUGGACUGCGUCUAUAGAGUGUGCACGUCUGGCUGCAAACAAUUUGGUUAUGAGGAGCUGAAGAGAGCAACUCAUCAAUUCUCCUCAGAGAACUUCGUCGGAGAGGGAGGGUGUAGCAACGUAUAUAAAGGAUAUCUCCCUGGAGGUAAGCAAGUGGCAGUGAAGAUUCUAAAACAGUACAAGGAAGCAUGGAGUGACUUCUCCUUGGAAAUAGAUAUCAUGUCUUCGUUAAAGCAUAAGCACAUUACACCACUAAUUGGCAUAUGCGUCGAGGAUAACCAUUUAAUUCUGGUCUAUGAUUUCUUAUCCCAGGGGAGCUUAGAUGAGAGACUACAAGGUAAGAGAAGGAAGUCUGUAUUGCCAUGGAAAGUGAGGUUCAAAGUGGCUAUUGCGAUUGCCGAGGCUCUAAAUCAUCUUCACAACGAAUGCUCUCGCCCUGUUAUUCACAGAGAUGUUAAAUCUUCGAACAUUCUCCUAUCAAAAGAUUUUCAGCCACAGUUAUCUGACUUUGGGCUUGCCAUAUGGGGACCUGCUGAUUCAGCAUAUGCAAUACAUAGUGAUGUUGUUGGAACUUUUGGUUAUAUAGCUCCUGAAUAUUUCAUGAAUGGGAGGGUCAGUGACAAAAUUGAUGUGUACUCCUUUGGCAUAGUUCUCCUUGAAUUGUUAACCGGAAAGAAACCAAUCAUUUCCAAAGAUCUGAAAGGACAGGAGUGCCUGAUUAAGUGGGCAACACCGUUAUUAGAGAGUGGGAAUCUAAAAGCUUUGCUGGAUCCAAAGACAAAUGGAAACUUUGACGUUGUUCAAAUGCAAAGAAUGGUUCUUGCAGCAACACUCUGUGUCAGACAAACAGAUAGAUUACGUCCUAAAGUUAGCCAGAUACUUGAGCUAUUGAGAGGUGAAAAAGAUGAAGGAGAAUGGGUGAACAGCUAUGGUAAUGAUUUAAAAAAGUCGAGUGAUGAGGAACCUGAUGACCUUUUCCUGGAUUUUGGCAGCAAACCAGGGCUGGAGACUUCAUUUCUGCAAUUAAAUGAUGAUGAUGCAUCACAUAGUAGUGUUGAUACUGCAUCAUUAAGUAGAGUUGAUGUCACUACGCCAAGUAGGGCAGGACGAAAGAGCCGUUCUAUGUUGAGAGACUACCUGAAAGAAUCGCAGGGUUGAUCAUUUUGCCGCAUUCCCUUCUUGCUUGGUUCCGAUGCAACCAAAAGGUGGCAUAUAGGAUGUGAAGUAGAGGGUUGGUUGUUGACGACUAAAAUACACAGUGAGUUCGCCGUAAUGGAUUUCACUACCGAUCUCAGUUUGCACCAAAAAAUAAGAGACUUUUGUUGCAUACAGCAUUUUUUCCAUUCUUUCUUCUAUUUUUUCAAUGAGAAAGAUCCCAGUCCCAGUCACUACCAAUCUCAGUUUGCACUGUGGAACUUAACGGCCUAUAUUAAAAAGAACUAGUGAAAAACAUUUGGAAGAUUCA